CGUUUUCUUCACUCAUUUCGACUUGGCUGCUCUUUCUUUUCCAUUUUAGGGUUUCUAGGACCCUCGCUUUCAUCUCCAUGGCCGACGUCACCGACAUGCCGUCCGAAGCUCCAGAUCGUCGCCGGAGCCUUCAGCCGGACCAGCGGGAGAGCCCCGCCGCAGGUUCUCUCUCUCCACCUCCGCCUCCUCCGAGGAAGAGGGACAGGGAUUCAAAGGGGGAGAGGGAUGACAGGCCUUCUGGCAUGAGGGACGACCACCGUGAUUCCAGAGACCGCUCCCCGAUACCGCCGCUUCCCCCACCUCCGCUCAUCCCGCUUCCGAAGGACGACAAGAAUCAGGAGUAUCGUAGGCGGAACAGCCCUAGCUCUCCUCCGUAUCGUGACCGUAGACACUCACCUCCCCGACGGUCUCCGCCUCCCGGAACCUUUAAACGAGCCAGGAGGGAUGACGGCGGAUACGACCGACGACGAGGGAGUCCAAGAGGGGGUUACGGACCAGAUGAAAGACGGGGGUACGAUCGUGGGGGCCCAGGAGGCAGAGGAUGGUAUGGGGAUGAGAGGCUACAUGCUCGUCAUGGUAAUCGUCCAUCAGAUUGGCCUGAUUCAAGGCAUGUCAAUUAUGGUAGUGACUCUGCGAAUAUUCAAAGGGUAGGUUUGAUGUCAUACAAGCAGUUCAUUCUAGAACUUGAAGAUGACGUUUUACCUGCUGAAGCAGAACGCAGGUAUGAAGAAUAUAGAUUCGAAUACAUAUCCACUCAGAAGCGAGCAUAUUUUCAAGCACACAAAGAAGAACAAUGGUUGAAAGACAAAUAUCAUCCGACUAAUUUAGUGGCAGUGAUUGAGAGGAGAAAAGAACUGGCGAAAUCUAUUGCGAAGGAUUUCCUGCUUGAUUUGCAGAGUGGAACACUUGACCUUGGCCCAGGAUUAACAGCCUCAUCCACUGGAAAUUCUGGGAAUGAUAGUGAACCAAACUCUGAAGAAGAGAUAGAUCUUAGUGAGAAAAGGAGAAGGCAUGGUAGGGGACCUGCUAAAGGAAACCUGCUUUCUUCUGCUCCCAUGGCUCACCCAGUCAGCUCCGAGCUUCGUCGAAUUCAAACUGACAUCGGACAAGCACAGGCCUUAGUGUGCAAGCUUGACAUGGAGAAGGGUAUACAGGAUAAUGUCCUCUCUAGUAGUGGUCAAGAUGAUGCAGACAAGACGCAUGGGGGAUCUUUGGGGCCGAUUAUAAUUAUACGUGGGCUUACCACUGUCAAGGGCCUUGAAGGUGUUGAAUUAUUAGACACAUUGAUCACUUAUCUAUGGCGUGUUCAUGGCUUAGACUAUUAUGGAAUGUAUGAAACAUCGGAGGCAAAAGGGCUUCGACAUGUUAGAGUUGACAAUAAGACAAAUGAUGGAUCUAAUUCUAGUGGUUCUGAGUGGGAGAAGAAGCUUGAUUCAUUCUGGCAAGCAAGACUAGAAGGUCAGGAUCCCUUGGAAAUAUUAACAGCUAAAGAUAAGAUUGAUGCUGCAGCUACAGAGGCCCUAGAUCCUGUUGUGAGAAAAAUAAGAGAUGAAAAAUAUGGUUGGAAGUAUGGAUGUGGAGCCAAAGGUUGCACAAAGCUUUUCCAUGCUCCUGAGUUUGUCCAUAAACAUCUCAAGCUGAAACACCCAGAUCUUGUUAUUGAGCUGACGUCAAAAGUUAGAGAAGACCUUUAUAUUCAAAAUUACAUGGAUGAUCCCAAUGCACCUGGUGGAACUCCUAUCAUGCAACAGUCUGCACCAAAGGCAAAGAUUCAAAGAAGAAGGCUGUUAGACAAUCGCUUGACAGAUGCACAUGGCAACCGCAUAGAGCUCGACAAGAACAGAGAUGAUGACAGAGGUGACAACUCACCUCGUGAUACCCAUGGUGGCUUGGAUGGAGAAACUCAUGAUAAGCCUCCGUUUGAAGCUUACAGUGGACAAGGUUUGCACAGUGCUUUUCCUUCAGAGAUUCCUCCGCCGGUCUUGAUGCCUGUUCCUGGUGCUGGCCCACUCGGACCUUUUGUGCCUGCCCCACCCGAGGUGGCUAUGCGCAUGCUUACCGAUCCUGGUGGACCAUCAUCCUUUGAUUCUAUCGGAGGUCCUCGUGGUAGAAAAGGACGGCUUGGCCCACAACUGGGUGGUCCAGCAGCCCCAAUUCUUACUAUGCCUCCACUUUUUAGACAUGAUCCACGGCGAAUGAGGAGUUAUAGAGAUCUCGAUGCACCAGAUGAUGAAGUCACUGUUCUAGACUACAGGAGUUUGUAGUCUUCGUUUUUUUUCUUUUUUUCUGUUUGUGCUUGAAGCCAGACAUAUUUUCCAAUGGCAAAUCAGUUACAUCUUCAAAGCAGCGUGUGCGCCCCAUUAUGUAAAAAUAGACAGGUUCAAAUUCAGUUGAAUUCGUGAUUGCAGUCUGAAUGGAUGAUCCUAACAAAAGAUAUAUUAUGGCUAUUCAAAUAAUCUCUGUUUGUAUCGCUAAAUCUAUUCCUGUGUAACAACAUUUAUGCCCAUCAGUAUACUUGGUUGUCAUUAUUUA